UCUCUCUGGACUGUUUUAAAGUCUCUGCCAGACUUGGGCUCACACGCUACUUCCUGGAGGGAGGAAUGGAAAGCUUCCAGCCCUCUUCAACCAUCCCUCUUCAACCAUCCCCUCUGUGUUCAUCCAGGAGCUGCAGCCCCAGCGCCGUGUCGCUGUCCCUACUGGUCCCCAGUCCCGGAGCUUCGGAUCUCUGAGCUGCGUCGCUGUCCCCACUCGUCCCUAUUAGUCCCGGAGCCGCGGAUCUCUGAGCCGCGUCGCUGUCCCCACUGGUCCCGGACCCGCGGAUCUCUGCGCGCUCCACUGAUACACGCUUCGUGUCCAUACACCGAAUGAUGAGGUCUGCUUUGGGGAACAUCGAGGAGCUCUGCGGCUGUAGAUUCUGACCGGGAAAGGCUCUUCUACACCGGUCUCAAACUCUCAGGUCGCCUGGUUAUCAUCCCCUGGUGAAGACCCCCUGGUUAAGACCCCCUGGUGAUCCCCCGCGCCGCUUUACGCAGCAGGCGACCAGCUUCCAACCCAAGGAUACCACUGUACCGCUUUACCAACAUCUGUCCGUGAUUGAAGAUACCAAACAGUGGUCCGUGAUUGAGGAUACUGAUUAGUGGUCCGUGACUUAGGAUACCAAACAGUGGUACGUGACUGAGGAUAACGAACCGCUGUCCGUGACUGAGGAUACUGAGGAUACCGAGCGGUGUCCGUGCUACCAUGUGCAGGCUUCUGCGGUUGUGUUGCUGGUGGAUUUUUCCCCUGAUCUCCUCAGCCUUCUUUCUCUGCGGCGCCGACUGUCACCCAGCUGUGACAGGAAGCACGCCCCAGCCCCCGGGGCCCACGCAGCGGCCUCCAGGGGCCACACAGGGUCCUCCAAGGGCCAUGGCCGCCACCACGCGACGCAUUCGGAGAGCAGCGAGCGAGGAAACCUACUGGGCGUACUCAGGGGCCCAUGGGCCAGACGAGGGAUGGGCAUCAGCCUACCCAGAGUGCAGAGAGAGGAACCAGUCCCCCAUCAACAUCGUCGACCACGAGGCUAAAGCCUCCAUGGAGUACCAGGAGCUGACGCUGGAGGGCUUUGAUGCAGAGUCCUCCAACAAGACCUCUAUGAAGAACACAGGGAAAACAGUGGCCAUCAUGCUGAGGGACGACUACUUUGUCCGAGGCGCCGGGCUGCCCGGGAGGUUCAAGGCGGAGAAGGUGGAGUUCCACUGGGGGCCCAGCAACGCCUCGGAUGGCUCGGAGCACAGCGUCAACGGCCACCGCUACCCCGUGGAGAUGCAGAUCUACAUGUACAACUCGGACGACUUUGACAGCCUAGCCGCGGCCAUCCGGGAGAAGAGGACGGUGGCCGCCAUGGCCGUGUUCUUCCAGGUCGGCGGGAGGGAUAACCCCGCGGUGGACCCCGUCAUCCAUGGGCUGAGGGGCGUGGUCCAUCACGAGAAGGAGACCUUCCUGGAGCCCUUUGUGCUGAAGGAGCUGCUGCCGGCCUCUCUGGGCAGCUACUACCGCUACACGGGCUCCCUGACCACGCCGCCCUGCAGCAAGGUGGUGGAGUGGAUCCUCUUCAGCAGGCCUGUCUACGUCUCCUACAAGCAGCUGGAGGCCUUCUACUCCAUCUUCACCACGGAGCAGCAGGACCACGUCAAGUCGGUGGAGUACCUGCGGAGCAACUUUAGACCCCUGCAGAGCCUUGACCACCGCCACAUCUUCAAGUCGGCUGUGAAGGACGCCUGGUUGCCCGACCUGACGGGGGGCGGGGGCGGCGGCGGCAGUGACCCCUACGGGACCGAGGCCUCCAAAGUGUGCAGCAGCGCUCCCAUCAACAUGAAGGUACGCCACCUGAACUCCAGCGCCCUGGUGGUGCGCUGGGCGCGGCCCGAGACCACCUAUCACCCCCCCAUCCUGCACUUCCUGGUGUCCUACAGCUGGACGACCCACGACGACAGCUAUGAGGAGACACACCUCACCGACGCCCGGCACAAGCUGGAGGCAGUCAUCUCUCCAGUCUCUCCUGAUGUGCUUUACCUGUUCCGGGUUCAGUCCGUUUGCACCAAUGACAUGCGCAGCGACUUCAGCCAAAGCAUGCUCUUCAGAGCCAACACCACCCGGAUCUUCGAGGGCACCCGGAUCGUGAAGACUGGAAUGCCCACCGUCUCCCCGGCUUCCUCCGCCGACAUGGCCCCCAUCUCCUCUGGCUCCUCCACCUGGACCUCGUCGGGGCUGCCCUUCUCCUUCGUCUCCAUGGCGACGGGCAUCGGGCCCUCAUCCAGCGGCAGCCAGGCCACCGUGGCUUCGGUGGUGACCAGCACCCUGCUGGCGGGCCUGGGCUUCAGCGGCGGGGUCAUCUCCUCCUUCCCCAGCUCCGUGUGGCCCACCCGGGCCCCAGCAGCUCCGGCAGGCGGCACCGCCCGUGGCCACGCCUCCGCAUCCUCUGCCUCCUCCUCCACUUCCUCCUCCGCUAGCACCGGCGCUAGCCCGCCGCAGACUUACACGGAGGCUUCAGGUGGCCAGGACCACGCUGCAAGCAGCAGCACGGCAGCCGUGGCCCGGACCAAAGACAGGGGAGACACAGCGGAGGACGGGGAGCAGGGUGGCGGCGGGGGGGAGAGGGGCGAGGGGGAGGGGGAAGACGAGGAGGACGAGGAGGGGGAGGAGGGGGAGGAGGGGGAGAAGAUGCCAAAGAAGGAGAAGAAACGGCGAGCGGGUUGUGUGGAGGAGCCGGCCGGCGGCGGUGGCAGAGCAGCGGCGGUGAAGGAGCCGCCCGGCACCACGCCCGCCUCAACGGCCAAGGAGAAAGACCGGGCGGCGGGCAGGUCAGCGGGGUCCUGGGGCUCUUCUGACGCCACAGCACCCCCUGUUGGUGUGGAGGACCAGGCCACGGUUACAAGCGCAACGUUGGUCGUCGUGGCCACUGCUCCAGAGCGCAAUGCAGGGGCCGAGACAGCGGACUACUCCCCCCCUGAUGUCCGCCCGCUGGCCACGCGGGGCCCCGGCCCGGCCAGGAACAGGAGCCACUGGCCCUUCUCCAUCCACACCGACCGACCCAGCCUGGCCACCCACCAGGCCCGGCCCGGGGGCCCCAGUGAGGGGCUGGUCCGUGUGGAGUGGCUGGCCCCCCUGGCGCUGGUCUCCACCCUGACCCUGCUCUGCCUCUUCCUGAUGCUUGCCAUGCUGGUCUACUGGAGACGCUGCUUCCAGACGGCCCACUUCUAUGUGGAGGACAGCAGCUCCCCCCGAGUGGUGCCCAAUGACAGCAUCCCUGUUAUCCCCAUCCCAGACGACAUGGACGCCAUUCCAGUGAAGCACUUCAUGAAGCACGUCUCUGGUCUCUACUCCAACAACCAGCAGGGCUUUGCUGAGGACUUUGAGGAGGUCCAGCGGUGCACGGCGGAUAUGAAGCUGACCUCAGACCGCUCCAACCACCCCGACAACAGACACAAGAACCGCUACAUCAACAUCAUGGCCUAUGACCACAGCAGGGUGAAGCUGCAGCCGCUGGCAGGGAAGGACUCCAAACACACCGACUACAUCAACGCAAACUACGUGGACGGGUACAAUAAGCCUAAAGCCUACAUUGCUGCCCAGGGUCCUCUGAAGUCCACCUUUGAGGACUUCUGGCGGAUGGUGUGGGAGCAGAACACCGGCAUCAUCGUCAUGAUCACCAACCUAGUGGAGAAGGGCAGAAGGAAGUGUGACCAGUAUUGGCCGUUGGAGAACAGCGAGGAAUACGGCAGUGUGGUGGUGACGCUGAGGAGCACCCGGGUCCACGCCUGCUACACUGUGAGGCGCUUCACCCUGCACAGCUCCGCCCUUAAGAAGGGUGUGAAGGCCAAUCCAAAGGGCCGUUCCCAGUGUGAGAGGACAGUGGUCCAGUACCACUACACCCAGUGGCCGGACAUGGGCGUCCCAGAGUACACCCUACCGGUCCUCACCUUCGUCCGCAGGUCCGCCGCCGACCAGACAGCCGACAUGGGCCCCAUGCUGGUGCACUGCAGUGCGGGUGUGGGCCGGACCGGGACCUACAUCGUAAUGGACAGCAUGCUGCGGCAAAUCAGAGACAAGAGCUCAGUCAACACACUGGCCUUCCUCAAGCACAUCCGCACCCAGCGCAACUACCUGGUUCAGACCGAGGAGCAGUACAUCUUCAUCCACGACGCGCUGAUUGAGGCCAUCCAAGGGAAGGAGACGGAGGUGUGUGGAGGUCUGCUGCACAGCUACGUCACCAGCAUUCUGACCCCCAAUCACAGGGGGCGCACACGGCUGGACAAGCAGUUCAGGUUGAUAACACAGUGUAAUGCCAGGUUCGUGGAAUGUUUCAACGCUCAGAAAGACUGCAACAAGGUGAAAAAUCGCAACUCUUCAGUUGUGCCGUCGGAACGAGCCCGGGUGGGACUGGUCCCUUUGCCCGGUGUCAAAGGCAGUGAUUACAUCAACGCCUCUUACAUAAUGGGGUACUACCGCAGCAACGAGUUCAUCAUUACCCAGCAUCCUUUGCCGCACACCACCAAAGACUUCUGGAGAAUGAUUUGGGACCACAAUGCACAGAUCAUUGUCAUGCUACCGGCAAGUAAUGGACUGCAGGCAGAGGAUCAGUUUGUGUACUGGCCCAGCAGAGAGGAGCCUAUGAACUGUGAGGCCUUCAUGGUUACCCUGAUCAGUAAAGACCGCCUGUGUCUGUCCAACGAGGAGCAGAUCAGCAUCCACGACUUUAUCCUGGAGGCCACACAGGACGACUAUGUGUUGGAGGUCCGUCACUUCCAGUGCCCCAAGUGGCCCCGCCCUGACGCCCCCCUCAGCAGCAACUUCGAGCUCCUCAAGGUCAUCCAGGAGCAGGCCGCCACGAGAGACGGGCCCACCAUCGUCCACGAUGAGUGGGGCGCUGUGUCGGCGGGCAUGAUGUGUGCCCUCAGCACCCUGUCCCAGCAGCUGAAGAGCGAGAGUGCUGUGGACGUCUACCAGGUGGCCAAGAUGAUCAACCUCAUGCGGCCCGGCGUCUUCACACACAUCGACCAGUACCAGUUCCUCUACACCGCCCUGCUGAGCCUGGUCAGCACCAAGGAGACCAGCGUCCCGCGUCUGACCCGGGACCUGAACGGAACCAUGGCCUCCAUGUCAGACCAUUCUGACCAGUACGAGAACUUGGAGUCACUGGUCUGAGAGCCACAGGGCAGCAGCACUAACUACAGGGUCCGGAGCCAUGCGCUCGUCUCCCCAGGCCCCCGGGACCGCACCCCCCACCCCACACACACACACACACACACACACACACACACACACACACACACACACACACACACACACACACACACACACACACACACACACACACACACACACACACACACACACACACGCGGACCAGGGAGUACCCACCUUUGUAGUGUCAGGAGGACUAGUGUGGACACCAGACUUUUUGAGGCCUUUUCUGCCAGACUCUUGGUUCAUAUGGAUAUCCUGAUUACUUUUUUACACUGAUGAAAAGUUUUGAUAUUUAUUUUUCUUUCUCUUGCCAUUUUCUGUCUUAACGUUCUACUGAAAAGGGGUUUGCACCUGCAGUUUUUUUUCCAACAGUGGCGACCGCGACGAGAAACACUUGCUGUCUGUUCUUGUGUGCACUAUAUAACGUCAGUGUUACUGCCUAUACUAAAGCUGACCUACUUGGCUUUUUUUCUUCUCCUUUGGUUUUUUAUUUUAACAUUCCAUGGCUAUUGUUGCCCUAAACCAACGGCUUCUGUGAAGAACAUUGUUUCGUGUGCCCCCUACUGGUCUGUUUGUGUAAAGUGACAUUGAAAUGAGGAGACUACUCACGGGCCUCAGCCACUUGAAUGCUGUUCUUUUCCACUCAGCAUAAACCAACUCCACUCGGCUCAUGUGACUCAUAUACCACUUAUUUAUCCCACAACAUGAGAGCGUGGUUCAAAUCCCGCAAAGAGAAGUAGUGCUUGCUUUGUACCGUUCCAUUGUUUUUAUUUCUUAGGCUUAUUCUCACUACCCCAAGGCUAACCAUACACACCCAUGUCAACAUACCCAAGUGGUGAAACUGCAACUGUGAACUUUUAUGAUUUCUUUGUAUGAUUUUUAUUAUUAUGAGUUUUAAUAUAUGGAAAUACUGUAUGUAUACAUAUAUAAAUAUAUCCUUAUCAUAA